AUGGCUUCACAAAGCGGAAAUGGAAUCGAUGAUCUCGUUGGAUCUAUGUCAAAUCUCAAGAUCCAUCGUGUCAAAACCAAGCUAUCGAGAGAAAAUGCCCUAUCUUCGUUGGUCGAGAAGACCCUAAAGCCGAUUUUGACCGACGCAAGUCGAAUCGAACCGAGUCACCCUAUUUUUAAUAAAUUAAGAGCCAUUAUACGACGGGAAAGCCUUGGGGAUGAAGUCGAAAAAAACCUAGUGAGGCUGGCGUGUGGCUAUCGGAAAGCUCCUCUUUUGCUGCUGGAGAAUCCAUCCAACAACCACACACGACCGUACGAAACGAUGGCUGCAGAAGGGUCCGCGAUCCACUACCUCACAGAAAUCUUCGAAGGAACCGGCAUCGAUAUAGACGAUGUUAUAAUCUGGGAUCUUAUCCCCAUUUUCAGCCAAGAAUGGAUGGAUCAGAUGGACUCUAGGGAUAAGUCAAGUUUGAAGGAGACGCAAAUUAACGAAGUGGUUAAGCUCACACAAGAGUUUAUACGGGAAGUACAGCCAGCUCUUAUUGUUUCCUGCCAGUGCGCGAGUUGCCCCAAAGGACAAUAUUCAAAAUAUCCAUUCAUUAUGCGCCCAUCCGUGGAAGCUCUUGGCUCAUCCUUUGCGGCCGCGAGAUCGGAGCGAUACCGUACAGUCAACUGGGAGGCGUAUACAUUCCAGGUUGUUCAAGCCUUCCACCCAAGCAAAAUCAACUAUUCUGAUAAUCCAGACGCGGAUAGGGCUCUACUUACUCGACUAAUAAGGAUGGUUUAUACUCCUUGUGUCGAGUUAAAACAUAUAUCCCUUAGCGUGUCUAAAAAGAAGGCUUUAUCCUCCUUGCGAGACGCGAGAUCUGCGCUGCAAGACUACUUGAAGGAAUCUCAACCUUUAUUCGAUAACGGAUUGGCUAUAAGCUGGAAAACGGAGAGAGGGUUAAAUCAUCAGAUUCGUCUGUUACUCCAGCGUCUAGAGCAGUAUGGUACGGGAACUAUACAGCUUGUUAAUGCGUCCACUGAAAGCCCUGGGUGA